UGGAAAAGGAAGAGGAGCUAACUGAAUAACAGGCUGGUAUUCCGACGAUUUGAGUAUCCUUUCAUUUACUACAUUACUAUCUAAGUGGGUGAUGGCCUCCAAAAAACAAAAACAAAGUGUUAACGCACUCUCUCGUGGUGCUGGCAAGGACGAGGCUGUCACAGCGACAGCUUUGCCCACGAUACAGGGAGAUAGUACCGACGACGAUGACGACGAUUUAGAGAUGGAAAGAAACUUUGCUCUAUUUAGCAAGAGAAGCGCAAUGCAAACGGCGGGGACAGAAGAGGAAAGCAGCGGAGCUGAGGAAGAUUCAAGCGAUGCUGAGUCCACAGAGGGUGAGGACAAAGGUCAGCCUGAUAUGGAUAAGAAUGAGGAAGAGGAGGAUGAUGGCAUCGAAGAAGACAACGAUACAGACCCUGCAGAAAUGGAAGGGGACUCAGAAAGUGAUAAUGAUGAGGGUGAACCCGUGACCAGUGACAAUGACUCUGAUGAUGCUAACUCUAAUUCUCAUCAGUCAGAGGGUGACAGUAGUUACGCUCAACUGGAAACAGAAGAUGAUGUUAAAAGAGAGCUCUCCACAAUGUCGUUUGAAGAGAUCAUGAAGCUCCAAAAUAAAGUGGGUACUAAAGCGUACAAUAAGAUAGCUUACGGGCCAACCAAGAACAAGCAGGCACCCAAACCAAUGAAGCGACUGAACAAGCACAAGCCCCAGGAGAUUUCAUCAAAGAAACCUGUUCCAUUUCUCAGAAAAGUUGUACCUGUCAAGAAAGCUGUAUCACGAGAUCCUCGUUUUGAUGACCUCUCUGGUGAAUACAAGCCAGAGAUUUUCAAUCAGACUUAUAGAUUCAUCGAUGAAAUAAGACAACGAGAAAAACAGAUGGUGAAAAAAAGUCUAAAGAAGACGAAAUCUGAUGCGAAAAGAGAAGAGCUGAGAAUGCUGUUGCGACGGAUGGAGAACCAGGAGAGAGAACGUAAACGAAGGGACCAGCAGCAGGAGAAAGAGCUGGCAUUUAAGAGAAAACAGAGGGAGCUGGUAGGCAAAGGGCAUAGACCAUUCUACUUGAAGAAAUCUGACAAGAAGAAACUGGAGCUGGCUGAGAAGUAUAGUGAGCUGAAAAAGAGCGGGAAACUGGAGAACUUCCUGAGCAAGAAGAGGAAACGCAAUGCCAUGAAGGACCGCAGAAAACUGCCAAAUCCACACAAGGCAUGAAUGAAUAUGGACCAAUAAGGCAAAUGGGCGUGGCUAUGUGCAGGUCAACUGGCCUUUUGUUAGACAGGUUCCUCAGGUUUUUGUCCUCUGUCUGACAAUGCUCUAUGGAGAUAAAGGACUCUGAUUAUAAAAGGACUCAGACGAUCACUUUUUGACAGUAUCGCAAAAACUGAAGUGACUCACUGUUGACCUGUUUUUUUGUUGGGGUUUUUUUGAAGGCUUAUUGUCUAAUUUUUGCCAUUUUGUUGUGACUCUCAAAAACAGGAAUAUGUGGAAAAAUUGCUUUUUUAUGGACUGUGAUAUGUUUGAGGAGAAACUGCGUAAACAAGAAGAGGCUCCAGAAAGUUUUGUUCACAUUAAAUGUUGAAAAGUUUGAAAUGUUUGGUGAUUGCUGGAUGGGAUGUAAAGUCUGUGUCUGGUGUUCUGACAAUGUUGUCCCUAUUGAUUCUUGCCUUCUAAUGUUUAUCGUUGCCAUGGCCAUGACAGUCCGUGCCUCUGCUCCUCUGAACUGUUUGCUGUGUGUCAACACUGGGUGGAGCUGUUGAAUCUUAUAAUUCAGCUCUAUAAAAUUCCCCCCAAAGUAUUUUAAGAACUUCUCUGUCAUUACUCUGAAGAAAGAGAAGCAUGUCAUUCUAGUUUUAAGAGACCACUGGCUUUGUGUUUGUAAGUGCUGUCUUUUUUUAAAGGCAGUUUUAAGAAUAUUCUUGUGCAGAAAAAAAUCUCUUGAAUAAUUCUGAAGUGAUUUUGUCAAGUGCUCACAGUUUGACUUCUUCCUGCAUAAUGUCCAGGCUUUCUGCUUGGUUGACAGCCAUCUCCAAAGAAUCUUUGAACAGUGGUCUGGAGAUUUAUAAAACAUUCUCUCUCAUUAGAAAUUCCCUCAGGAUACAGCACAGUCACAUCAGGACGAUUAGUCAUGGCCAAGGUUAAAGGCCUCAAUUAAUCUUUAAAUUGCAUUUACGCUGAAUAGAUGGAACAAGUGUUGCUAUAUAUCUUCCUAAUUUGCUGGGUUUGGUGCAAUUACACUCCAUUACUUACAACAGUUCUGUGUAAUUAAUGAACCAUGCCAGUUUAGGAAGGGAUGUGUUGUGAAGAAUUUUUACUCAAACAAAAACGGUUCCCGUCAUUAGAACCAGAAUGCAGCGUGUUUUGUUUUACAGAGUGAUUGUGAGAGUUGGUGAAACUGAAUGUUCAUUUUUUAGUUUCUCUUUUUUUUUUUAAUUCACUUUUGACAUAAUUACUUUGAAAUCAGAUGUCCAGUGUAGUCAAUACACAUUUACAACAAUAUACA